CGGAAGCUGAGUUUAACAGCUGGGCGUGCCAGUUUGUAAACUGAUGCCUCCAACAGAAGCCUUUUUCCUGUGUCCGGAAGACUCCUGAUCACUCAGAGAUCACCAGAAAAGUAAACACAAUGGCAUCAGCAACCCCUCUAUCCAAAGCCAACACCAGCUUCUCCCUGGCUUUGCUCAAAAAGCUGAGUGAUGACGACAACACCAAGAAUAUCUUCUUCUCCCCCUUCAGCAUCUCCUCAGCCCUCGCUAUGGUGAUUAUGGGGGCUCGGGGCAACACAGCUGCACAGAUGUCAGAGGUCCUCCGCUUCACUGAGGCAGAGAGGCCGCAGCAUGCAGGAGCACAGCAGAUGCAAAUGAUGCAGCAGCAGCAGGUCCAGUCCCAUCUGCCAGAAUAUCUCCUGAAGUGCCUUAAAACCAAGGACAUGGAUGAUGUCCAUGUUGGCUUUGCAGAUCUGCUGAGAGCAAUCAACAAGGCUGAUGCUCCAUAUGCACUCAGCGUUGCCAACAGGCUGUACGGGGAGCAGUCCUACCAGUUUGUUGAGGAUUUCUUGGGAAAAACCAAGAAGCACUAUGACGCAGAGCUGGAGUCUGUGGACUUCAUUACCAGCUCAGAGGCCGCCAGGGUCAAAAUCAACAACUGGGUGCAAGAGAAGACACAAGAUAAAAUUAAGGACCUGCUGGCCCAGGGUGUGGUGGAUAACAUGACCCGGCUGGUUCUGGUCAACGCCAUCUACUUCAAAGGUCACUGGAACAAACAGUUUAGGGAGAACGUCACACGUGAUGCUCAGUUUAAACUCAACAAGAGUGACACCAAGCCAGUGAGGAUGAUGUACCAAAAAUCCAAGUUCCCUUUGACCUUCAUCCCAGAAGCCAGCUGUCAGAUCCUAGAGAUGCCUUACAAAGGAAAGGAGCUCAGCAUGCUCAUCUUUUUACCCAAGGAGAUUGAGGACAGCUCCACAGGUCUGGAGAAGCUGGAGAAGCAGCUGACCUAUGAGACCUUUGCGGAGUGGACUCGCGCAGACAUGAUGGAUAACACUGAGGUCGAGGUGGGGCUGCCUCGGUUCAAGAUGGAAGAGAGCUACGACAUGAAGGAUGUCCUGAUCAGCAUGGGCAUGGUGGAUGCCUUCGAUAUGUCAAGGAGUGAUUUCUCUGGCAUGUCUCCCGCCAACGACCUGGUUCUGUCCAAAGUCGUCCACAAGGCUUUCGUGGAGGUCAACGAGGAGGGGACCGAGGCAGCUGCUGCCACUGCUGCUGCCAUGAUGAUGCGCUGUGCCAGGAUCCCAGACAGGUUCAUCGCUGACCACCCCUUCCUCUUCUUCAUCCGACAUAACCCCUCCACGAGCAUCCUCUUUGCUGGCCGAUACUGCUCCCCCGAGUGAGCGCAGAGUGGUGUUUCUCAACUGGAAGUGGGGGUGUCACGAUACAUCUGCUAUUGCAACAGUUUAUCAUUUACUGGAAAAAUGUUGAGAAUUACAACUCUGGAGUUUCCUUUAGCUUAUCACACCCUGAGUUCACAUCCUUAACUUUCAACACCAGAAUGAUGAGUAAGAUCUGUGGUGUUGUUUUUGUCUGCCUUACUUUUUAUUACCAGAGUGAUCCUGUGUUUUUAUCCUAAUUUUGUGUUCUUGCACUGUUUAUCUUUUGCACCUAAUCUAAUUUUUAGAAUCUGGUUCACUUUAUAUCUGUCAUACAUGUACGGCCCUAUUUGCUGCACCCUCACACCCUAACCCAGGUUAAUCUCUACAAUUAAAGUUAAGUUUAUCUUAUCGUAAACUACACCCUUAACCCUUUAAAGGAUUUGCCUUAAUCACCAUUUCUAUUAUGCUUAUUUUUUUCCUACUACCAGCAGAGCUGAACUUUUAUACCAUAUGAAUUUAACAGUUAAAAGAUUCUCUGCACUUUAUCUACAGAACAUGCAAUUUCAACUUUUUAUAUAUUCGGUUAACCAAAGAGAAUAAAGUGUUGUUAUUUGUAAUUGUACCAUCAUGCAUAAAUGAAUGUAGACUGUAAAGAACAAGAGUUUGCUUAAAGGACUGGCAUUGAGUCCAUGUCAUUUUUAUCCUUAUCCUUAUGCUUUUACAUGUGGAAUAAAAGUGUGUGGUUAAAAAGUA